AUGUCUAAUCAGUAUAAUAACGAUAAUGAUUACGGUGCAGGAGUUGGGAUCUUAACUUUAUCUAGUUUAGGGACACCUGUUCAGUUAGGAUUAGCGGAUAAAAUCUACGACGAGAUAGAGUUAAAGGUAGAAAAUGAGCUUGAGCGCCGGCCGUUCACUUCACAUUUUUCUCAGCAGCAGUACUCAACCACACACAGAGAUUCAAUGCCUGAAAAUAAUGAUCCAUCAUCAACAGACAAUGAGGUUCAUGCAGGACCGUCCAACACAUAUCGAUUUCAAUCAGGGAGUACAGACAGUUCGAUUGCCGAGAGUACUUUCACGAGUCCAUCAGCAAUCUGGCGUAAAUCACGCACAAUCAGUAAUGAGACUGACGAAGAUGCUGCAACUGCCGCACAACUACGUCAACACAACCUAUUAUUCGCCAGAAAUAGCGAAUUAUCACGAUGGCAAUUAGAAAGCAUCGGUGAUUUACGUCGUAGCGAGACACAGUUUAAUAAUUUGUUGCUUCGUGUGCAGGCUGAUGAAGGCAACAACUACAAAAAACUAAAACAAGAGUUUCGUGAAUUGCAAGGAGACUUGAUUGGCCAACAUGGAUACAUGAUCCAGGAGUUGAAUAUGUGUGCAACAAAGGAAUUGGCUGCGUUUUCUGGAACGUUUGGGUUGUGUGUGAAAACUGGGGUAGCAUUAGAAAAGUUACGGCAGAAGAAAAAAAAAUUGAACAUUUCAUUCUUGACGGACGUGGCGAAAAAGUUACGACCAAAACAGCAUUAUUAUGACUAA